AUGGCAGUGGCCCUCACAGGCAUGGUGUCACCCACAGUUGCAGAGCCUCUUAUAGCAUCUUCUCCUGGCCUUGCUCACAGCACUGCUGAGCCGGAUGCCAGUGUCCCCAGGAAGACCCGUCCGGUGGCACCCUCUGUCACUUCCACCAUCACCAUCACCGGACCAGCAGCAGGAGAUACAAGUUUCCACGGGGUCACAACACCCUACUCUGCUGUUCUCAGCAGUGCCUCUGCUCCACACAGCCCCCGUACAGCCUCAAACCCAUAUCCUGAGACUACUGAUAGCACUCACAACACAGCCUUCAGGGCUCUCAGCCCAGCUGCUGACAACGAGACCACAGCCGGCGUCUCCUCACUGGCUCUUGACCGCACACACACGUGGGAAACUACAACUGCAUCCUGGUCAAGUGCUGAGGGUACGACCACCUGUGUGGACACCACCCUCUCUGAGAGUGGUGUCAAGGGUGCAGCACCCUCAGCCGGCACCAACAGCAUCCAUGUGCCCAUCUCCAACAACACUGGCACCAGUCCGGCCACCACACCAGCCACCAGCAUGUUCCCCAGAAGCACCAUUGUGCCACCCACCCUAGCCAGCAGUGAGACCUUCAUGGUGACCAGGGCCACCACAGCCAUGCUGUCUGCCAUGCUGAAGACCACCAGCACCAGCACUGCCCUGUCCCUCACUGUAACGCGUGACGAGGCAGGCGGAGAUGGGCAAUCUACCCUGUCCCUUGCAACACGUACACCCUCAGUGGAGGCAACUCCCAGCUCUGCCAUCGAGGUGCCUGGUCCAACCCUCUCCAGCCCAGCAGAGGAGUCAGCAGAAGCCCCAUCAUUUCUGCUUGGUGUUGGUGCAACCAGAGAGCCAGCAGCUGGACAGACGCCAACAGAACUGUCAACAAGAGCCACUUCUCCCACGGUCACCAGCAGCCCCGCCACGGGACAGGCAGCAAGCAUGUCACCUCCAGGCUUCUGGACAUCUCUAGGGGCACCUGUCUGGGGGGAAAAAACAGUCAUCACCACAGGCAGCACCACAACGAUCACUGCUGGGAACACAACAACCAUCACUGCAGGCAACACCAUGGCCAUCGCUGCUGGGAACACCACAAACAUUGCUGCAGGCAACACCACGGCCAUCACUGCUGCAAACACCACGGAAAUCACUGCAGGCAACAUCACAGUCAUCACUGCUGGGAACAUCACGACCAUCAUUUCAGGGAACACCACAACUAUCACUGCUAGGAACACACAGACCACCAUGACUACAGGUAACAGCACGGCCAUCACUGCUGGGAACACCACGACUGUCACUUCAGAGAACACCACGACUAUCACUGCUAGGAACACACUGACCACCACCACUACAGGCAACAGCAUGGCCAUCACUGCUGGGAAGACCACAACCCUCGCUGCCAGGAACACCAUGGCCAUCACUGUAGGCAACACCACAGCCAUCACUGGUAGGAACAGCACAACCAUCACUGCAGGGACCACCACAGCCAUUGCUGCAGGCAACACCACAACCAUCGCUGCUGGGAUCACAACAACCAUCGCUACAGGCAACACCACGGCCAUCAGUGCUAGGAACACAUCGACCAUCACUGCUGAGAGCACAACCACCAUUGCUGCAGGCAACUUCACAGCCAUCACUGCUGGGAACACCACAGCCAUUGCUGCAGGCAACACCAUGGCCAUCACUGCUGGGAACACCACGGAAAUCACUGCAGGCAACAUCACAGUCAUCACUGCUGGGAACAGCACAAUCAUCGCUGCUAGGAACACAACGACCAUCACUGCAGACAACAUCACCGACAUCGCUGCAGGGAACAGCACAACCACUGCUGCUAGGAACACACUGACCGUCAUCACUACAGGCAACAGCACAGCCAUCACUGCUGGAAAGACCACAACCACCACUGCUGCAAACACCAUGACCAUUGCUGCAGGCAGCACUACAGCCAUCGCUGCUAGCAACACGUCGACCAUCACUGCUGGGAACAUCACAGACAUCACUGCAAGGAACACCACAACCAUCACUGCAGGGAACACAACAACCAUCACUGCAGGGAACACAACAACCAUCACUGCUGGGAACACAACAACCAUCGCUGCAGGCAACACCAUGACCAUUGCUUCAGGCAGCACCACGGCUAUUACUACGGUGAACACCACGGCCUUCGCUGUGGGCAACACUGUGGCUGUUGCACCCACAGCCCCGGUGAGCCCAGCCAAGGAAGUGGGACAUCUCCCAGCCGCAGGCAUCACGACACAGGGGAUACCACUAGCCACAGCCAACCCUGUCACCACCCCAGCUCCUGCUUUUGGGACACAGAAGGGACUGGCCACAGCAGCAAGCACAUUCAUCCAUAUCACCACUGCCUACAAAAAUCCUGCCCCUGAGCCCCGACCCACCCAUGGGAUUAUCAUGCCAGCGGCCUCACUCUACCCCUUUGGCAUCGAGCAAGGGGACCAAGAGUAUGUCCAGAGAACGGUGGAUUUUAACUCCCCUUUGUUCAAGCCAGAGAUCGGGUUCCCCUUCGGGAAGUCGCUGCGGGACACUCUCUAUUUUACAGAUAAUGGACAGAUCAUUUUCCCACCAACGGACAACUACAUCCCCUCCAACCCCAACCCACCUCCCCAGGGCUUUAGUGGUCAGGAGAGUUUGCCGAUGGUGGCUGCCUUUUGGGACGACGCAGAUUUCUCCCAGGGUGUCGGCAUCACCUGGUACCAGGAGUACUCCACCCUUAACCCUACUCAAGACCCCCUUGUCCACGACGUGGAAGCAAAGAUUGAGAAAUACCUAAAGACUUCCUAUGUAGCUAAGUGGACCCUGAAGGUGACAUGGGAGAAGGCUCCAGCGUACCCAUCCCGACACGAUGACACUCAGACAAGCACCUACCAGGCGGUCCUCACCACUGAUGGGAACCAUUCCUUUGCCCUGCUGCUCUACCAGGAUGGUGGGAUGCGAUGGGACUACACCAAGCUGGCUGCAGACAAUGUGCUGAUCGGCUUCUCCAGCGGGGAUGGCUAUGCCCAAAAUAAUGAGUUGUCUCAAGAGCCACCAGAUGUCAAGUACCGACCUGACCAGCACAGCAGCACUGGCACUGAUGUGCGUGGGCUGUGGCUAUACCGGCUCGACAGUCGCUCCCAGGUGAACUUUAGGCUGCGGUGCCUGAUGUGGUUGGAUGCAGAGCCCGCCCCGGCUGCCUGGAACCUCCAGCUGCUACCGUGCCCCUGCUCUCGGCCCCAGGCAGAGCUGGCCCCCCGCUACCGCUGGAGCAGAGGCUCGGUAGACAGCUCUGUGAGGAUGCUGCGCACUGCAUCUCCCAGCCCAGCUGGAGCUGGGGUGCGGUGUCUGUACCGAGGUGGGAGCUUGCUCGAAGGCUGGCAGGAGAGAGUAUGGACCCUCCCCAUACACCCCACCUCUGAUGGGGAGCUGGAGGCCUUCGACUGGUGCUGCCGGCGUGUGGGGAAGCCCCUGUUCUGCACCAGGUUUGCUGAGAAGAGACCAAGGGUUGGCUGCGAGGGAUAUGUGCCACCCACCCCUGCUGGCGCUUUUGGGGACCCCCACAUCACCACCCUGGAUGGACUCACCUACACCUUCAAUGGACUUGGGGACUUUGUCCUGCUCCUGGCCAGAGACAUGCAGGCCAGCUUCGUGCUGCAUGGGCGCACAGCCCAGACUGGCACAGCCCAGGCCACCAACUUUGUGGCCUUCGCUGCCCAGUAUGUCUCCACCACCACUACAACAGUUGAGUGGACCUUGGGGAGCCAGGGUGAUAUCCAAGUCCUCCUGAAUGACAAAAAUAUCCCAUUUUCCUAUUCCCAAGACAUGGGUGCUGAGGUGUACUACAGCCCUGGCGUCCUGCUGGUCAAUGACUCCUCUGUCACAGCCAUCUUUGAUGGGGCCAUUGCCAUCUCCAUCUCAGCCACCUCUGGGAUCCUCAGCGUGGUCUGCAGCCUGCCUGAUCAGUACCGCAACAGCACCAACGGCCUCCUGGGUGUGUGGGACCACGACCCCACAGAUGACUUUCAGAUGCCAAACGGUACCAGCAUCCCUGUGAAUAGCAGCGAGGAGGAGAUCUACAGCUACGGGAUGACCUGGGCUGUUGGAGAGCACAGUCUGUUUGCUCAGCCUCUGGACUCACCAGUAACAAACUUUAGACCCGUCUUCUUGUCUCGGCUGCGGCAGGAGAAUGAAAGCCGGUACCAGCUGGCAGCCUCGCAGUGCUAUGGCAGCAAGGAGUGCAUCUAUGAUUCAUUGAGCACAGGGGACAUGGCCUUGGGCCUGGCCACCCAGACCCUUGCAGCCAGCUUCCAGCAGAAGAAGACAGUACUCAACGCCUUCCCUCCCACCAUCAUCGGUGAUGCAUUUCUCACAGCCUUCAGGACAGAAAGGGUCAGCAAGCACUGCAGCAGGAGCCAAGAGUGCGACUACAACGACACCGUCACAGUUGAGGAGUCCUUCCUGCAGCUGGCAGCUUGCAAGUGUGAGGGUGGUUACUCGGGUCCCUUCUGUGAGGACCCUCCGGACCGCUGCACCCAGGGAUGUGUCCCCGGCGUGGGCUUCGACUUGCACACCGGCUGCGGCCCCUGCCCGGCUGGCCUGACCGGCGACGGGCGGCCCUGCUCAGAUAUUGAUGAGUGCGCGCAGGGGACGGUGUGCCCAAGGAAUGCCACCUGCACCAACACGGUGGGCAGCUACGUCUGCUCCUGCCCCACCGGUGAGGAGGGCCAGGGAUGUAGCUCAGCCUGUGGCUCCCGCUCCUGCCCUGAGGGCUACUGCAGCAAUGGGGGGCUCUGCCACCUGCACUCCAUCACUUGCACCCCUGCCUGUACCUGUCCCUCGGCUUUCACCGACCAGCGAUGCCUGGUGGCGGGGGGGGAUUUUCGACCACUACCCAACUCAGAUCUCCCACGGAGAAGUGUCCGGCUGCAGGUCAGGACUCUGCAGAACACCACUGUGGGUGAAGUCAACGACACCGUCUCAGGCAUCCUGGGCUCCCUGAAGAUUAAAGCUUUCCAGAGCAACAUCAACAUCACCCAGAUGACAGAUGACGAUGGCUUCACCUUUGCAAUGGUGUCCACCUUUGCCUACGACAGCCACAGCACUGUCAUCCGCUUUCUCAAUGAGGAACUGCAGGGGGCCAUCAUCAGCGCCUUUAAAGGGACGAGGGGGCGGCGGGAGGCGGGCAUGCGCCUCCUCUUCCAGCCCCUGCACCAAGACAGCAUCACUGACCUGGUGAAGCUGACAGUGGCUGAGCUGAGGCUCUAUUUCUCCUGCGGUCUGUAUGGCUACAAAGGCUACCAGCUGGACUACGUGGGGACCGUCGGCUUUGUCUGCAUCUCGCCUUGCAAGACGGGCUACUGCCACCAUGGCGGAUGGUGCCAGCACCUGCCUGAGGGGCCCACAUGCAGCUGCCUCCCCUUCUCCAUCUUCUCUCCCGGUGGCGCCCGGUGUGAGCGCCUGGCCAUCAGCCUUGCUGCCUUCCUCGGCAUCUUGCUGGGAGCCCUGGCUCUGCUCUGCCUCCUGCUCGCUGUCACCUGCCUGGCUCUGAGCCUCUGCCGCCGGCACCGCCACCAGCACCGGGGUGCCACCAAGCUGGCAGAGGGGCCCCCACUGCUGCUGGCCCUGCCACACGUUCCUGAGGUCUCCGGCAUCAGCACCCACAGAGAGGCAGGGGAUGAGUAG